AUGGGAAAGUGCCAUGGGCUCCGCUUGGCCUGGAAGCUACGCAGCCACCAUUGGGACCAGAAGUGGCAAGACAAGCAAUACAAGAAGGCGCACUUGGGCACGGUGCUCAAGGCCAACCUCUUCAGGGAUGCUUCCCACACCAAGGGGAUCGUCCUGGAGAAAGCGGGUGUGGAGGCUAAGCACUCCAAUUCUGCUAUCAGGAAGUGUGUGAGAGUCCAGCUGAUAAAAAAACGGCAAGAAAAUCACCACCUUUGUUCCCAAAAAGGCUGCUUGAACUUUAUUGAGGAAAAUAAUGAAGUGGCUGGCUUUGGCCAAAAGGGCCAUGCUGUCGGUGAUAUUCCUGGAGUCUGA